UCUAAUAUAUUACCAAAAAAAAAAGAAAAACAUUUCAUAUUGUAUGUAUAUAAAGGAUUCACUCUAACAAGAAUAAUCCCUUCAAAACAUAUCAAUUUUUUUUUUUGUGUUUUUUUUAAUCAUGAUCAAUCAGAUGAUAGCAAAUUUUGUGCUCAACAUUCUAACCAUAUCAGUGAUAGUUACUAGAAGCGAAGUUUCCAAUACUCAUGAUGAUGAAAUAGAUAAACUCUUGAAAAAAAUCAACAAACCUUUUCUUAAAUCUAUCAAAAUUCCUGAUGGAGAUGUAAUAGAUUGCGUUCAUAUGAAGAAUCAUUCAAUUUAUGAUCAUCAUUUAUUUAAAAACCACACAAUUCAGAUGCAACCUAGUUAUGUUCCAGAAGAAUCAAAAAAUGAAUCAACAAACACCAAGAACCAAAGUAUGUUGAGUCAACUCUGGACAAUCAAUGGGAAAUGCCCUAAAAACAGUAUCCCGAUUAGAAGAACUACAAAAGAAGAUAUUUUACGAAGAAGAUCAGUUGACGUAUAUGGGAAAACAAAUCCCAAUGACAACCCUAAAUUUCAUGAGUAUGCUAUAAUUAAAGUGGAUGGAAAGUUUCAUGGAGCAAAAGCGGAUAUAAAUGUGUGGAAACCUUACAUACAAACACCAAAAGAGUUUAGCUUAGCACAAAUGUGGGUUGCGGCUGGCCCUGACUCGGAACUUAAUAGCAUUGAAGUUGGAUGGCAGGCGUAUCCGGAUUUGUAUGCUGAUGAAAACCCUAGGAUUUUUACUUUUUGGACAGCUGAUGGGUACAAGUCAGGCUGCUACAAUCUUGAUUGCCCAGGUUUUGUUCCUAUCAACAACGCAUUUUUCGUAGGUGCAACUAUAAAUCAUUUUUCCACCUACGAUGGCCGACAAUAUCAUAUUUCAACACUCAUAUGGAAGGAUCCUCAUACAGGGAAUUGGUGGUUAAAAUUGAAUGGAAAUAUAGUUGUAGGAUAUUGGCCUUCCAUACUAUUUAAACAUCUCAAUACUGGUGCAACUGAGAUUCAAUGGGGAGGAGAAGUUAUAAAUUUUAAUGAUGGUUCAAAACACACGACAACAAAAAUGGGGAGUGGGCAUUUCGCUGAAGAAGGAUUUAAAAGAGCUAGCUAUUUUAGGAAUCUUGUGGUACUUGAUGAAGAUGAUAAAAUAAAACGACCUGAGAGAGGUUCUUCUUAUAUGACGAAAGAGAGUUGUUACAAUGUUAGGUCUGGCUAUGAUGUUAUAUAUGGACUUAAUUUCUUUUAUGGAGGUCCUGGUCGAAAUCAUAAUUGUCUAUGACCGUAAAUAUAUAUAUCUUGUAGAAGUAAGUAUGUUAUUUAC